ACUAGGCAACAGCUAGCUGACCAUUUUCUUAUGUUUGAUGAAGCGUCAAAGCCACUACGCUGGUUCUUACUUCCAAGUGAGGCUGCAGACUGUCUCCAGGGCAACCAGUCCCAGAAUGCAUUGAACCUACCAUUUUGCCCUCCAGACCUUAGAGAGCACCUUGGACUUCCUGUGUUCCAAGAGCAGCAUGUAGAAGCGGAAGUCACCUUAAAAGAUAUGCUUGAAGAAAAUGUUAAACAUGAACAAACUUCUGUAACGAUUGUAAUCAAAUCAGUAAAUGAUAAACAAAAGGAAGAAUUGCAAGACAGAAUAAAGGAUAAUGAUGACAAUGCAGGAGGAAGUGAUGUUGUUGUGGAUUAUAGCAAGCAUGGUGUAAAUGUAAAUAAGACAGAUGAAAAAUCAUGUUCAGAAGGAUUGCAAAACUGUCUGGAUAAAGGUUUUAGUGAUUCAAACACUGUGAAUAAAACAUGCGGUGACAAACCUGUUUGUGAUAAAGAUGUUGAUAUUUCUGAAGAGAUUGAAAUUGUUUCUAAACAAGAUAAAGAUCUAGAUUGUAAAGCUAACGAGGACUGCAAUAUAGAUAAAGACUCUUCCAAUUCUAUAAAACGAGUCGAUUUGGCAGGAGACUCACAGAAAAGAAUUAAUAAAUGUGAUACAAACCUGUGUGAAAACACUAAUUUAUGUAGGAAAAGACCAGCAGAAACUGAGUGUAUUGGUUCGGUUUGUACACUAUCGGUGAAAAGAACAAAAGUUGAAGUAUAUGUAGAUGGAAAAGUUGGUGAAAACGCUGCAGGAGGGAAUGUUAAAGAUAAGAAACAUAGUGGAAGAAAAAGUAAGACUAAGAAAGAGGGGACAAGAUGGUUUUCACCACCAAAGACAAUUUUUACACCAUUUCUAAAGGCAUUAGAGGAAUAUGAGAUGAUAAAAGAUGGAGAUAAUGUAUUGGUUUGUCUCAGUGGUGGUAAAGAUUCCCUCUCCCUCCUUCACACAAUAAAACAGUAUCAGUUCUACUGCAAGAGAAAGAAUGUACAGUUCAAUAUAGGUGCGUUGACUGUUGAUCCUCAGACACCUUCCUAUGAUCCUAGUCCCUUAAAACAGUACUUACUCAGCCUAGGAGUUCCUUACUUUUAUGAAUCACAAGGUAUACUAGAGCAGGCCUCAAACUUGCCAUACGAGUGUGCAUCUAUAUGUAGUUUCUGUAGUCGUAUGAAACGUGGACGUAUUUA